AUGCUCUUUGCAGCUCUCCUCUUCCUUCUUUGUUUCUUUGACUUGGCCUCGGGAAUAAACGCGCACAAUGUGUCGCAGGACGAGAUAUUGCAGAAUUUCUACAGCCAAGGGAACAACCCGCAAGGCCACACAAAUAACUGGGCUGUGCUCGUAUGCGCUUCCCGUUAUUGGUUCAACUACCGACACAUGGCGAAUGCGUUAGGAAUGUACCGAACCGUCAAACGCCUGGGUAUCCCGGACUCAAACAUCAUCCUCAUGCUAGCAGACGAUGCUGCCUGCAACCCGAGGAACAAAUUUGCUGGUUGUGUCUAUGCGAACAAGGGCCGUCAUUUGGAUCUGUAUGGCGACAAUAUCGAAGUGGAUUACCGGGGAAACGAGGUAACAGUUGAGAACUUUAUUCGAGUCUUGACUGGUCGUGUCGCUCCUUCGAUGCCGCGUUCGAAGCGUCUUCUUACCGAUGCCAACUCGAAUAUAUUCGUCUACAUGACCGGCCACGGUGGCAAUGAAUUCCUGAAAUUCCAAGACAACGAAGAGAUCAGUGCCUUCGACAUUGCCGACGCAUUUGAACAGAUGUAUCAGAAGAAACGGUAUAACGAGAUAUUCUUCAUGAUCGAUACAUGUCAAGCGAAUACCAUGUACUCCAAAUUCUACUCGCCGAAUGUCCUGGCAACAGGGUCAUCGGUCUUGGGUGAGAACUCGUACUCCCACGAGAACGACUACGACAUUGGUGUGGCCGUAAUAGACAGAUACACGCACUACGUCUUGAACUUUCUCGAAGGUGUGAACAAGACGAGCCAGACAACGAUGCAAGACCUAUUCAACUCGUAUGACGUUGACAAGAUUGGGUCACACCCGGGAGUCCGCAGCGAUCUGUUCAAGCGGCGUGUGGACGAAGCGCUCAUAACCGACUUCUUCGGAGGAGUGGCUCAGGUACAACUGGACGCCACAGAUGACGCCUCGAGGAGGGCCUUUGUCCCUGCCGACAGUUCAUUAUCACCGUCGGACGAAAGAACUGCAAUUAGGCCCGAUCUACCAGCAGCGCCAUAUCAACUUAUCGAGACACAACAGCCCGAAAGUCUUUUGCGUCGUGUACAAACAUGGAGUGCCUUGUGUAUUGUUGGUUUCCUUUGUAUGAUUUGCUUGAAGUCUUGA